AUGCUCACCCCAGACAAUGAUAUCCCUGCGAAUGAUGCCCUGAUUUUCGAGAUUCCAAUCAUGUCGAAACACCAAAUUCGAUCAGCAAUAAACAAGAAGAUCAAUGCCAUGUCUAGAUUCCCGUUUUCUCGCGAUGUUGUCGCACCAGUUGCUCAUAGUUUCCAUCCCAUCUCAUGCACACAGUCAAACGGUUCUAAUAUAAGAACAAACCAAUAA